GCAAAUCCCUGGCCGCUGAUUGGCGCUCGGCAUCCCGCGCAACAUCUUAUGAUUUGCGCAACCAACGGGCCAUUUCCUUUUUCUUUCCCCAAGGCAUCUGCUGCCACCAGACAGUCACCAUGGCUUCAUUAAGCUCAGCUCUGCCUGCAUGGCGGAGUAUUGCACCUCGUCUGUCGAAAGACCUCUUUACCUGCAGACAAUGCCUCCGAAACCAAGGCUUUGCCGUCAAAUCCGUGCGCCGGUUCGCCGCAAUGCCGUCCCCCAAGCCCAGCAUGACCCGAUCGUCCCUUUUCACCGAUAAGAACCGUCAGUUCUUCACCUCGAGCCUGCGCCGAUCCGUGGCUGCUCCAGCUGUGGGCGCUGCAGCUGAGGAGGUUGCUGCCAAAGCCAAGUCGAGCUUCCCCAAGAUCAGCGACAAGUCCGUUGCAUACUGGCUCCUGGGUAGUGCCGCGAGUGUGUUCGGUAUCGUGAUCUUUGGAGGAUUGACUCGUUUGACUGAAUCUGGCUUGAGUAUCACCGAAUGGCGCCCUGUGACUGGAUCCCUGCCGCCCAUGAAUGCCGAGGACUGGGAGUCCGAGUUCGCCAAGUAUCGUGCAUCCCCCGAGUUCCAGCUGCUCAACCCGAAUAUGAAUUUGUCCGAGUUCAAGUCCAUCUACUAUAUGGAAUGGAUCCACCGUCUCUGGGGCCGAUUCGUCGGUCUCUCGUUCGUUAUCCCUGCCGUUUACUUCGUUGCCCGGAAGAAGGUCUCCACACCCAUGGCAUGGCGCUUGGCUGGUAUCGCUGGUUUGAUUGGUUUCCAGGGCUUCCUAGGCUGGUGGAUGGUCAAGUCUGGUCUGAAGGAUGAUCUGUUCGCGCCUGGUAGCCACCCCCGUGUCAGCCAGUACCGUCUUACUGCCCACCUGGGUGCUGCCUUUACUUGCUAUGUCGCUAUGCUCUGGAACGGUCUUGCCAUCCUGCGGUCCCACCGUCUCAUGAAGGAUGCUGCCGAAGGCUUGAAGCAGCUCGAGACUCUUCGUGAUCCUCGGCUGGCCUUCUUCCGCCGCUCCGUUGCCGGUCUUGCUCUGCUGGUCUUCGCUACUGUCAUGUCUGGCGGUCUCGUUGCUGGUCUUGAUGCCGGUCUUAUCUAUAACGAGUUCCCUUACAUGGGCAAGGGUUUCGCUCCUCCUAGCUCCGAGCUGUGGGAUGCUCACUACUCUCGACACGAGGACCGGUCUGACCUGUGGUGGCGCAACAUGCUUGAGAACCCCUCUCUCGUUCAGCUUGACCACCGCAUUCUCGCCAUGACUACCUUCACUUCCAUCAUCGCUCUCUUCAUCUACUCCCGCCGCUCUCCUACUGUGAGCCGUCUCUUGCCCCCCGCGGCUCGCAAGGGUAUGCACGGUGUUGUCGGCUUCGCCUGCAUGCAGGUUGCCCUCGGUAUCUCCACUCUGCUCUACCUCGUCCCCACACCGCUUGCUUCUGCCCACCAGGCUGGUAGCUUGUUCCUCCUCACCUGGGUUAUGGUGCUGGGUAGCCGUGUUUGGCACCCCUCGCGCACAGCCAAGCUUCUCCAGAUGGCUGCCAAGGCUCGUGGCCAGCAACUUUCCAGCUCCACUGCCUCGGCCAUGAAGCGAGUGUAAAGAACAUCGCAGUUGAUUGUAUGAAUAUGUUGAGCAAGGCAGACUUUUGCGAUCUUAUAGCCUUGAUGUUCCGAUACCAUCUCCAUUCCUUUCCAGACUUAUUGACUAGCUCAAUGGUCUUCUGUAUAAGUAUCUUAUCUACAUGUUAUAAAGACUAAAAUAAACCGAACAGUCUAUGCAAAUGCAAAGUCAAAGUGCAAUCGUUCCAUUGUUAUCUUCUUCGCAUCUUCACUCUUUCAUGUCGGCCGGUCUCGCUCUGCGGGAUGGAUUCCGACGCACAUCGACCAGGUUAUCGGGCAAAAUAUCAUCAUCAGUCUCGUCCUCCGUGUCGAUAUCUGGCAGAAUCUCAGUUUCAUCGCUGUCAAAUCCAGGGCCAUCAUCCACGUCUCGCUUGAAUGGUUGAGAAGGGCCAGCAAUCGUUCCACUGCCAUGAGUAUGACCACUGGUCGUCCGUGGCUGGCCCCUCUCCCAGCUGUCGUUCCUGAGACUGAGAAGAAUCGCAGCUGCCUCCUCCUCGGGUGUUUCGUAUUGUACAGCCGCCCUUCUCGAGAUAUUCGGGGCUGGUGCGACAGACGGCUUCUUGACACUGGCUCUAGCUUUCGGCGUGUAAGUCGUGUCAUUGGGGACAUGUAAAUUCCCAGCUUUGGGAUGUGUACGAUCUCCGCCUCUUUCGGCGAGACAUUGACGGCAGCAUUGCCAUCCACAUGGCUUACAACGCACCAUACCGUCCGUGUUGCGUUUGUCGCACACAUCACAUUUUGCUGUGUGGGCGGCUAGUUCUUCGAACUCGACUGGCUGCACUGCUAAUUCCCUCUGCGGAACCUUGAAUUGACGAGGUCGAAAGGGCAAGGAUGCCUGUAGAGGUCUUGGGGGAUUGCUGAAGGGAGGUGAUGCCUGUUGAGGUGACUCAUGUCGGCGAGAUGUAAUCCAUGAUGCACCCUCGGGGGAUCUGAGAGGAUUAUUGCGAGGAGGUGUAGGCUGCUCAGGUAUCUGGUAUUGGCGAGGCCGAGGUGGGAAGACGCUUGGAGGGGUUCUCAAAGGGUCGCUGUGAGGAGGUGUAGACAUCUGUCCAUAGUUGGUGGUACGGGUGAUGAUGGGCGAAGGGGUGGGAGUUCCUGUUGGCGAUGGGGUUUAGCCUACAAUAUGAAGUUUGUUG